AUGGGCAUCUGCAUGUCCAGUGGUGUCAUACGGGACUUUGCAGGACCGUACUACGUAUCUGAGGACAACAUGGCCUUUGGCCGGCCUACAAAGUACUGGAUGCUGGAUCCCAGCAAAGCCAGAGAUGGAGUGCAGGGCUGGGACAGGGGCGUUACUGAAGGCUCCGAGGAGUACAGAGGCCACAUGCACAACCUGUUCUGCGACAACUGCCACUCGCAUGUGGCCCGCUGCCUCAACGUGAUGCAGUACAGUGGCAGCACACGGUGGAACAUGGUCAAACUGGCAAUGAUGAUGCCACUGCACUCCAAAUAUGUCAGCGAGCAAGCUCGAAGCUACACAGGGAGGGAUGACAAGGGGGCUUUGUCAUGCGUGCGUUAUGACCUUGAGCGGGCAGCAUCAUGA